AAAGCUGAGCUCACUGGUGAAGGCGUCACAUGACAGAAUUAAAGGAACCAAUGACAAGCGCGGAGAAGCCGGUGCUGUUUUUCACUGUACGGAUGUCUUCUUGUAGCAGGAAGUGAAGACUUGUCAAGCAAAUCAUGAGUUUUCACUACGGACAGGGGUAUCCAAGAGGUGGUCACCCACAACAAGGUAACCCAUAUGGUGGAGGCCAGGGUGCUUAUGGGGCUUCCCCCUCAGUUCCUCCUGGAGGUGGAGCAGGCUCAUCAGGAGGCCCCUAUGGGGCUUAUGGAGCUCCAGGUUAUGGUGGCCAAUAUGGGCCUGGUGGCGCACCUGGGGGUUACGGCGGCAAUCCUUAUGGAGGACAGCCUUAUGGACAACCUAACAGAUACAAUGCUCCUGCAGGUUCCAUUCCUCCUGGUGUUAACCCAGAGGCGUACCAGUGGUUCCAGAGCGUCGACGCAGACCGGAGCGGAUUCAUUAACUCAAAGGAGCUGAAACAGGCCUUGGUCAACUCCAACUGGUCCAAUUUUAAUGACGAGACUUGCCUCAUGAUGAUCAAUAUGUUCGACAAGACGCGGUCAGGUCGGGUAGACUUGUUUGGUUUCUCAGCGCUGUGGGAUUACAUGCAGCAGUGGAGAGCUAUGUUUCAGCAGCAUGACAGGGACCGCUCGGGAUCCAUCAGCGGCACAGAGCUGCACCAAGCUCUAACUCAGAUGGGCUACAAGCUCAGCCCCCAGUUUUCCGAGAUGCUGGUGCAGCGCUUCAGCGGGAGAGGCGGCUCCCACGGCAUUCAGCUGGACCGCUUCAUCCAGGCGUGCACGCAGCUCCAGAGCAUGACGCAGGUGUUCAGGGAGAGGGACACCGGCAUGACUGGCAACAUCCGCCUCAGCUACGAGGACUUUCUCACCAGUGCUGUUACGAGGCUGAUGUGAGCGCCGCUUUACUAACGAGCCCCGCUGCAACCACGAAUGCGCAGCAUCAUUCCAUGCACAGCUCCACAGUUGCUCAGAUUUCUGUGCUUUUGCCAGAAGUGCCCCCACAUGUUGCACCAUAUACACCGUAGCAGCAGUCAGAAGUUAUUUGACGGCUAGAAGCCUGACGUUGCACUCAAAUGAGGUCCGGGGUGUUGACCGGCACUUUCAAUGACUGUGGCUUUCUAAUAUGUUUAUCAGAACCAAAUCAGUCUGACCACAGAAGCCUUUUUGAUGGUGAUAGUCAAACCAGUUCUUUUUUUACAAGAUACUUGUAUUUGAUGUAUAAAGUAGGUGUAAGAUUUAUUAUUUUAGCAAAAAUCUCGCUAAAUUUAGGGCUGAAUUGGAGUUAAAAUGUCAUUACAGAGGGUGGAAAUAUUAUAAUUAUUAGAUUUAUUGUCACAGUCAAGCCAGACAGCUUAAUGUUGUCUUUUCUAAAUGAACCAGUAAACACUUGGCUUUUUUUUUUUUCUUACUGUGGCUAAGGACUCAAUCAGAUGUUGCUUUGCACGAUUGUGCUGAUCAGAAUGCAGCAUACUAUAAAAUUAAGUUCGCCUUUUUAAAAGUGCCAAAAAUUGUGUUCAAAAUAAGAAUUUAUUGAAUUUAAUUUUGAAAAACAGCAUGGGGAAAAAAAAAUAAUUUCUGUAAUUAAGUUUUGCAAAAUGAUUUGUAACGCCAAUAAAUAAAUUUCUUGCCAUCCAUUUGCAUGGCUAACCUUUUUUACAAACCUGAUCUGCAUAAAAGGUUGCUAGAAGCACUUUUGAAUUUUUUUUGUAUUUACAAAAAACAAUUGGUUGCCAGAAUUAUAGCGAUAAGCCAAUCAAUUUUCACAUGAUUGACUGGUGAUUGGCAGAUUGUAGCUUACUAUCAAUCUGUUGUUCUUUGCUCCAAAGCUGGCUCAUUACAGAGGGAUUUAUGCUCCUAAAUCCAGCCCCGGUUAGAACAUCAGCCUAAUAUGAUGUCUGCAGAUCAGAUGGAAAAAGCUAAUUGGUAUAAAUUUUACACACAGGUGUGUUUAUAACACAGCAAGUUUAGCAUUACUAUUAAGAUGAAAUGGUUAUCUCCUAAUUUGACAGAAAUAUACCACAAUUGACACCUGGAUUGGAUUAAAAAUACUCUAGUUUUUGACAGAAGGCUGAGCCAAACCCUAUUUAAACCUGAAAAUUCAUAUAGUUACUUUUUCUGGGGGGUGAAGUGGCCUGAAAAAAAGCAACUGUCUUUGAUUUUCACAUCUGGUUCUUUUGUUCUACACCAUCUGUCCCUCUUCUUUCUGCUUCACCCUGAAUAUUUACAUCUUGUCCUCUUUUUCCACACAGCUUAAUCAGAAUCGAACCAUUAUGGGUAGGCAUGUAGAGAACACUUUAUGAUGAUGGUGAGCUAAUUGAUCAUGGUCAUCAAUAUUAUUGUUGAAAUAUGUGAAACGUAUAACAUUUGUCAGUUAAUUCACUUCAUCAGUGAAGUCAACAGCAUACAUGUUAUCAGCAAAAUCAUAAUGAUCACUUGUAGCAGUAAUAAUAUUAUAUAUAUCAACUAAUGUGACAAAUGCUGUUUGUUAAUAAAGGUCAUGGACAAAC